AUGACCAUGCAUAACCUCUUCACGAAGGAUAGCGUGCUACCAAAGGAGUUGCUCACCACUCUUGACACUAUUCUUGGUGGGGAAUGGUACAAACACUUCUUGCAGCUUGGAAUCUCACAGCAGAAUGUUGAUGAGAUCCUGAACAAGCUUCUGCACAAAUUCGAAGACAUGGAUAUGGAACAACUAGUUGUUCGUGGAAAGCGAUCCAACUUCUAUGCUCCAUCUGAAAUCUUCAAACGCAUCUACGAUAAAUUGCACUUUGUCAGACGUAGCCACGAUAAGGAAGAGCCCCAUGUAAUGCUCUACAUCCGCUACAAGGACAUGGACUAUGCCUUCCUGCCUAUCGAUGUUGACACCAUUCCGACAUUCUUCAAGGAGAUGAUUCGUGAUGGAAAGCUUGAACUCGACGAGAUUGAACGCCUCCUCGCCACAGGAACACACUUCAGCAAGACUGGCGGACUCUUCUUCUACGAAUACGUGAGGAAGAUCCCAACCACCCUCGGUCUGCCACUUGUGCUCACCUCGAAGAUGCCAACUGUUGGAACUGUCCACGGUCAGAUCAAGAUUGAAAUGGAACCAAGAGAGUCUAGGACCUUCGACGGACUCCGACUUCAUCUUAUCCUUAAGCCAAAGAUUGCCACCACCCAUGUUGUCAAGGCCACCAUCAUGCAUCCAGUUGUUGAGACUGGAUUCAAGAUGCUGCAUUCUGCCAUGUUCGACCACCCAAUUGAGAUUGAGACCGAAGUCACUUGGAGACACCAGCUUCGUCUCAAGACCAUCUUCCGCCCGCUUGAGCACAAGAAGAACGUCCUUCACCUGCAGAGUCGCCCAGUCACUUUCGUUCGCCACAUGAAGAAGGUUAGUCAUGCAUAUCUGGAACCACAAGAGGUUACCGUCCACCUCCGCGAGCACCUCUACCCAGUUAUGUCAUUCGAAAACACCUAUCUAAAGAGAUAUGGACACAAGAUCAUUGUCACCGGAACCAUGCAUCGCCCAAUUGUUCGCAGAAUGGAGAGCCUGCUCAACCCUGUCCUAGUCGGAUACAACACCAUCGACGUCCUUGUUGAGCCUACCGAAGACAUUACCAAGGAAUACGUUUUCACCAUGGAGAUGGAAGCAUUUGUCCCAGAAAGGAUGGAGAGACCAGAAUUUGACAAACUUUUCAGAACCAACGACGAGUUCUUUGAGAUUGAAAAGAUGGAGCCAAGACAUAGGGAAGUGCGCAGAAAUGAACUCACCACCUACCUGAGGAACUUCCAAAUCGAGAAAGCCUACCGACACCGCCUCUUCUGUAAGCUUGAGACUGUCGGUCAGCGUGAGAAGCACGAGGUCAAGAUGGAACUAAAGGCCGUCUGCGACAACAAGUACAGAUUCUGCCGCACAAACCUCUACCUUCACCGCACCCCAUUCGAGAAGGAAACCCACCCAUGGGAACUAAGACUUGAUGCCCAGACCGUCUACCCACAGAUCCCUAGAACAAUCGAGGAGCUGAAGAGGAUGUUCAACCGUGAAUUCCAUGGAAUCAUUGACGUUGUGUGGGGAAAUGAACGCAGAAACACUGCUUUCAUUCGUUUACAAGGUGAGCAGACCCCAGAACAGAAAAUGUGGAUGGAAAAGUUCGAGCGCAAGGAAAAUAUGCUGACUGAGAUGGAGAAGCUAAGAAUCGCCUCCGAUCGCAACCUUUACAAGGUGAUGGUGAGAUACGAAUUAACUCCUGAGACUGAGCACUACAUGCAUAAGCUUGCCAUGCUCUGCGAAACUUGGAACAUGUGGAAUACGGAGUACAAGAUGGUCCGCAACGAGGACAAAGUGCUUCGCAUGCAGCUGGAGAUCGAACCGCUGAAUCGCCGCACUUUCGACCUGUUCAUUGAGACUCCAGAAAAGCGCAUUGUGAAGAGGAAUCUCAUGUUGCCAUUCACACUUCCUACACUGAACAUCCAUGACAUGCAUCUGCUUGAGAAUGUCGAUGUCAGAGAUGUUGUUCGCCAUGUUGUCAAGCACAAUCGCGCCGAGUGUGUUGUAAAAAGCAAAGAAGUGAACACCUUCGACAAUCUCCGCCUCAGGACCCCACUCACUACCUGUUACACCAUCCUGGCUAAAGAUUGUCAUAAUGAGGAGCCACGCUUUGUCGUUAUGAUGAAGAAGAUUAUGAAGGACCGUGAAGAGAAGGCAGUGAAGAUUGUCACUCCUCGCGAUGUCUACGUACUGAAGAUGAUCAACAAUGAGCUCGUUGUGAAGGUCAAUGACAAGAUCAUCAAUCAUGAGGAGUUAAGGAGGUACAGAAUCGAAAAGAUCGAGGAGAAUCUCUACAAGAUUGACAUCGAGGACGUCGUUGUGCUGUUUGACGGAUAUGAGUGCAACAUCAAGCUUUCGCACAUGUACAAGAACAUGCAGUGCGGAAUCUGUGGACACUACGAUGGAGAGAAAUGGAAUGACCUCCGCCGCGCCGACAACGAAGAGACCGAGAUGGUCGAGGACUUCCAUCGCAGCUACAUUGCUAAGGAUGAGCACUGCGAGAUCGACGAGGUUGAAUUUAAGAAGGAGCGCAACCAUCGCCUUGAGAAGGAUCUGAGAAACCGCAACUACCGCUUGAGGGAAGAGGACGAACUCAGAGACGAAUAUCGCGAGGACAGACGCCGUUAUGAAGACGAAAGAGAACUGAGACACGAGAAGAAAGAGCAUUAUGAGGAGGAGAGAUACAUGACCGACUAUGAGGAGAUCGAGCGCAAGCCCAUCCUUCGUACCCAUGUUAUCGAGCGUGAAAGCCGUGUUUGCUUCUCCGUUGAGCCUGUUCGCGAAUGCCCUAGAGAUACUGUUGUGAAGAGAGGCGAGGAGGAAGAGAAGGAAGUUGAAUUUGUCUGCCUCCAUGAGAACUCCAUCACUAGACGCCUUCUUCGCCAAGCUCGCGAAGAGGUCAUUCCACGCCAUCUUCUUGAGGGAGAAAGAUGGAUGACUACCAUUCGUGUUCCAAGAAUGUGCACCGUCUAUUAA